UCGGGCGUGGCCAGCGGCGCCCUCCGCCCGGGAAGGCCGGCUUAGCGGGGGCCUCGGCGGGACUCAGCCUGUUGCGUGGCUUUUGCCCGGCCGGCUCGUCUACGGGCCACCAUCGGACAAGGCGCGGCUUAGCGGAUCCUUAACCCCCCCCCUCCAUCUACCUGCUGGCUGGCAGGCAGGGCGGGCAGGCGGCGUCUCCGGAGCGCCCCCCUCCUCCCCGGGCAUCAGCUGCGCCCGCGGCCUCGCCGCCUCUUCCUCCCCGCCCGGAUCCUCGCAAAGCGGUGACGCAGCAGCGGCGGCGGCCGGGCGUGGAGCUGCCAGCGGCGCCGGACAGGAGAAUAACGUUUGGCUCCUCUGCCUCUCGGUGGGUGAAGAUGGCAACCAGGCGGCUUCGUUCUGGAGACCUGGCCCGCUUUUGCCAAAAGCUCAACCGAGUGAAGACUCUGCAAGAUGACCUCAUGGAGACCUCCUUCAACCGUUGCUUGAGCACAGUCGAUCUGACGCUGCUGGGCAUUGGCGGGAUGGUGGGCUCUGGCCUCUACGUGCUCACCGGCACUGUCGCUAAAGAGACCGCUGGGCCGGCCAUCGUGGUGUCCUUCAUCAUUGCUGGCAUCGCCUCUCUGCUGGCCGCCCUCUGCUAUGCUGAGUUUGGUGCUCAGGUGCCCAAGACGGGCUCUGCAUACAUGUUCACCUAUGUCUCGGUGGGCGAGAUCUGGGCCUUUCUCAUAGGUUGGAAUGUCAUUCUGGAGUACAUGAUUGGUGGGGCAGCUGUUGCCAGAGCCUGGAGUGGCUACCUGGAUUCCAUUUUUGACCACAGGAUCAAGAACUUCACAGAGUCCCAUGCUGGCACUUGGCAGGUGCCCUUCUUGGCCCACUAUCCGGACUUCUUGGCCUCCGGCAUUGUGCUCAUCGCCACAGCCUUCAUUUCCUUCGGUGCCCGGUUCUCCUCUUGGCUCAACCACGUCUUCUCGGCCAUCAGCAUGGGAGUCAUUAUCUUCAUCCUGGUGAUGGGAUUCAUCCUGGCCAGGGCCCAGAACUGGGGUGCCAGUGAAGGAGGAUUUGCCCCUUAUGGCAUUUCUGGGAUCAUGGCCGGCUCAGCCACCUGCUUCUACGCCUUCGUGGGCUUUGAUGUUAUUGCCACGUCCAGCGAGGAGGCCCGGAACCCGGAAAAGGCCAUUCCGAGGGCCAUCGCCAUCUCACUGAGCCUUGCCACCGGAGCAUAUAUUCUUGUGUCCAUGGUGUUGACGCUGAUGGUGCCCUGGCAUUCUCUGGAUCCCGAUUCCGCCUUGGCCGACGCCUUCUACAAGAGGGGUUAUUCCUGGGCAGGUUUCAUUGUGGCUGCCGGUUCCAUUUGUGCCAUGAACACCGUUCUCCUCAGUAACCUCUUCUCCCUGCCUCGGAUUGUCUACGCCAUGGCCGAGGACGGCCUCUUUUUCCAGGUGUUUUCCCGCGUUCAUCCCCGCACAAAGGUGCCCGUGGUGGCUAUCGUGGUGUUCGGCUUCCUCAUGUCUGUCCUCUCGCUCAUCUUUGACCUGGAGGCCCUGGUCCAGUUCCUCUCCAUUGGCACACUCCUGGCCUACACCUUUGUCGCAGCCAGCGUGAUCAUCCUGCGCUUCCAGCAAGCCAAGACUGAAGCUCAGGAGGCUGCCGGGAGGAGCGAGGCCGCCCCGGCACCGGCUGAGCCUGCGGGCGCCACCGAACCCAAGGAAUACGAGUCUUUCUCAGAUAAGCUACAGCUGGUGGACAAAGAGAAGGUGGGGAGCUUGCGCGAACCAGGGCAGCUGAAGGCAGCCUUCGAACCCUACUUGGAGUUCCUCAGUGAUUUCUACCCUGGCGAAGUGGUCACCGUGGCCGUGGUGGUCCUGAUGGUGUCGGCCCUCUGCUUGGCAUCCAUCCUGGUCUUUGGAAAGACGCAGCUCCACCUGCCCACCUGGAGUUACGCCUUGCUCCUCCUGCUCUCCAGCCUGGCUUUCACGGGCAGCCUUGUCCUCAUCGGCAUCCAUGAGCAGAAACCAACCACCCAGACGUUCCAGCUUCCUCUGGUGCCACUGACGCCUGCCCUGAGUAUUUUCAUCAACCUCUUCCUCAUGCUGAAGCUCAGCUACUUGACCUGGCUGCGUUUCUCCAUCUGGUUGGUGGCAGGCCUGCUGGUCUACUUCAGCUACGGCAUCUGGCACAGCAAAGAGAACCUGCGGGACUCCCCGACACAGGACGUCCGAGCCCGCUACGUGGUCUUCCCUAGCAGCAGCCUGGAGGAGACGGUGCAGACAGUGCAGCCCAGGACGGAGCCUGCCCAGGGCCUGCCGGAUGCCCAGGAGAGUAGCGAAGAAGCCAAGAGAUGACCUGGGAAGAUCCAGCAGAGGCCACGCUUCCCUCAUCUCUCCCCCGUCCCACCCGUUGCUCUCCAGUCUGGGCAGAGAAGAGCACAGGCAGGAAAGUCUGGGGAGAAACCAAGCUUCUACUGCCAAGAGGGGGGCGGUCACCACUACUCCUCUCUUACCUGGCCUCACUUCUCUGACCAGAAGACUGGACUCAUCCAUUUGCCGGACGCCCUUGAGAAACGGCUCCUUCGCUUGUGCCCCAUGUUUGCAGCCCAGCUAAGCCGCCCCCUUCCAGCAAAGGGGUCCCAUGCCUCCUUUGUGCCGUCCACUUGCUCCCCUCCCCUCCCUCUCUGACCUGCCCUCCAAGAGGCAGUGCCUGGCCUGCCAUUUUGGGGUCUUGAUAAAUCAGUGGAGGAAGGCAGGGUGUGUUACGUACGCCAGGACGUUGCCCGUUUGAUGGGCUCCUGCAGGGCAGGGACAGGGCUGUCAGAAUGAUGGACUAAUUCUGAGACGAGCUUGAUUUUCCAGUUUCUGUCUCAAACAGGGUACCAAAGGUGACCCUGGCACAUCUGAGAGCCCGAGCAUCUCUCUCUUGCGCAGACCCUGGGAUGUGGUGAUCGCAGCCAGCCAGCUGACCCAGCAGUUCAGGGCUGGGACAAGAGCAGGCAUUAAUAAGGGUGGUAAGCACACUUCCUCCUGCCCAAGUCUGGCCCUGGGAUGCUUCUCAAGAUGUGAGGGGGACAACCUGGCGGGGGGGGGGGUGUGUAGCACCAGCGACAGAGAGAGAGAAAGAGAGAGAGGAAGAGAACAGGGGAGCCAGUGGAGCCCACCAAUUCACCAAUUGCAACAAGGCAUUGCCUGCCUGCCUGCCUGUUGGCCACGGCAGGAGCAAUCCAAGGCUGGUCAGGGAAGCCUUGACAAAGCAAUACUUCCUUCAACUCUAUGAUGGCGGCCACCUUGAUUUUCUUUGGACUCUUCUCUUCUCCCCCUGGACAACCCUAGGGCAGGGAUCUCCAACCUUGGCAACUUUCAGACCUGUGGACUUCAACUUCCAGCAAAGCUGGCUGAGGAAUUCUGAAAGUUGAAGUCCACAGGUCUGAAAGUUGCCAAGGUUGGAGACCCCUGCCCUAGAGCAAAGCAAGCCCCAGAUGUGAGAGAAAGGGAGAAUGGAUGGGCAAGAAGGCCAAGGCUGGACUUCCCCAGAAACAGCUGGCAAAGAUUACAGUGGGUGCCUGGGAAAAGGAGAACGGCUGAGUUCACACAAUGCCCUUACCGAAGGAUCUUUGCUUUGCCAAAUACCCCGAACGACCCAAUUGUAGGUUAGUUCAACAUGCUAAAUCACACACAACCAACACACAGACACACAAGCACACAGAGAGACCGCCAUGCUAAAAUUCUCCCAGCUGUAAUUGCCUUUACAGCAGUGUGAACCCGGCCUCUGGGGGUGGGGGGGGCUCUAUUCUUCCCAACGAGGCCCUUUCUGGCCCAUGGAGCUCUGUUGGUUGGAAAGCCCUACAGGAAAGGUGCUUGGAACCAGCCUGGGCUGCAGGGUUGCAAGGGGGCUGCUCUCCCGCACAGACCCUCAUCCAAGGGGGCAACAGCAUGUGCCCCCUGGAGGGUGCACAGAGCACAUAGGAGUGGUGGGCCCGUGAGAAGGGGCUGCCUCUAGGUCCAUGAAGGAGGGGCCAGAGCAGGAUGGAAGCAAUAUUUGGGGAAAGAGGAAAUGCCUGCUAGGACAUCUGAAGUAAUGUGGGGGGGGGGGGAGACAGAAGUCAAAUUUCAUUUUGGGACAAUAAUGUAGAGGAGGAUCUUGCUUUCCUUUUUUGCAGCUUUCCUCGCUGGGGAGGGGCUGUUCAGGGUUUGUCCAGCCUGGCAGCCCCAUCUCCUUUCCCACUGCGCACUUCCUCCGCUUCCUGCUUAACUGUGUGCUGGUUGUGUGUGUGUGUGUGUGUCUCUCUCUCUGCCCUGGCCACAUCCUCCUCCUCCUCUUUGUUUUGCGUGGCGACUUUUGUGCAAUGGCAUUUGGACAAGAAGCCAGCCAACCAACGAUAAAGACUUGUUUCUGCUGGGCGGUGAGUUCUUCAAGUGAUGUUGUGGUGCAGAUUAUUUCAGCCAGCAAUGUAGUGUAAUGUAGAAAUCCUAAAUCCACACCCGUUGUUGUAAGCGACAAAAAGGGAAUGGUCUUAAAUACAGGAGGAGCAACUGUCUCAAGUUUUAAUAUACAUGUCAGGUUUCUUACAGCAAAGGUGUGGCUUGCCCGAGCUCUAGCUUUUUCGGGAGCGCGCCUUUUGCACAUCACUCCAAAGACAGAGGCAAGGCCUUGGGCCCACCCACCCACCCACCCUGCUCACCUUGAGCCCCCUUGCACAGAGGUGCCUCAAGGCUGAGCUUUGCCACGACAAUGUGGUUCUCCAUUCCUUCCCACUCGGAUUACCCCACAACACUCAUCGCAAGAAGUUUAACCAGGUUGUGUUUCAGUAGAAAACUUCUUAAAGAAUCCCGCUUGUGCAUAAAAUUAAAAGGCAUGAAUAGAAUAGGCUUUUUUAAAAAAAAAAGAAGAUCACAUCAUCCUUUCUAUAAAAUAGUGGCUUCUAAUAAAACCUUUCCAUAAGUUUUUUUUUUCUUGCAGAGCUAUCGCACCCAACUGGUGGCAUUCAAAGGACUGUAGCACACUGAGCAUCAAACACAUUUCUCCCAUGUGGUCCGUCGGCCUUCAAACCCCAGGAAAUUUAAAAAAAAAAAAACUGUAGGGGACUAGCUGGUUAAAUGGCCUGAUCAGUUAAUGGCAACAUCAGUGUAAAGCUCUGGUUACUUCAUUCUCAAUGAAACCCCAAAGAUCUUGCUAAUACUUUUAAAUUGGUAUGUGAACUUCCGUCCUCGCAAUGCCAGAUAGAAGUCACUUUCUGAUUCCAAUCUUCCUAGUUAGGAACUACUAACUAUAUGAUGCAUUUGAGGCUGGUUUCGAACCCAUGCCCAGUAGCUGUAUUAACUUCUGCAUCAAAACAAAGAUACUUUGUGAUCUACAAAAGCUUAUGGAAUAGCAGAUCUUUAAAGAAUUACUAGAUUUCUUGCCAUUUUUUAAAAAAACCCUGCUUUCUGAGGUGUGUCUCUUCUAGAGCAGAUUCAUGGCAUAGAAAGAAAGAAUAUUAAUCUUUCCCCUCUGGCCCGUUUUUUCUGUUGAAGCAUAUAAAGACCCUUAUGUUAAUUCACCCAGUGAAUUUUAUUUAUUUACUAGACAACCCGUGCCCGGUUGGGUCGUGGUUUUAGAAAUAUUUCCUUGCCAGAUUCCUCCAUAUCUUUAAGAAUGGCAGAGGUUCUAAAGCAAGGGUCUCCAACCUUAGUGACUUGUGGACUUCAACUCCCAGAAUCCCAGCUUUGCUGGCUGAGGAAUUCUGGGAGUAGAAGUCCACAAGUCUUAAAAGUUCCCAAGGUUGGAGACCCCUGUUCUAAAGUACUUGAAAAGUUCUUAAAAUUCAGGAUGACAGUCAGAGAUUUAUGUCUUGGAAGUAGCCCGUGUUGAAUUGUAUAGCAUAGUCAAACAAUGUACCACAGGAAAGGUUUGAUAUUUUUUAUUAUUACAUAAAAUGCUGGUUUUUAUGUCAUAAAAUAUUUGUAUGAAAUUUGCCAAAUUU